AUGUCUUGGGGGGCACUCUAUGCCCAGCUGGGCGGUGUCAACAAACACUCCACCAGUCUAGGAAAGAUUUGGCUCUCCGUCCUUUUCAUCUUUCGCAUCACCAUACUGGUUCUGGCUGCUGAGAGCGUCUGGGGCGAUGAGCAGUCAGACUUCACGUGCAACACUCAACAGCCCGGCUGCAAGAACGUUUGCUAUGACCACUUCUUCCCGGUGUCACAUAUCCGUUUGUGGUGCUUGCAACUGAUCUUUGUAUCCACCCCAGCCCUCCUUGUGGCCAUGCACGUUGCCUACAGGAAACGUGGAGACAAGAGGACCAUGCUGGCUUCCAACGGCACAGAGAAAACGUCAGAUACUGACCUGGAGAUAUUGAAGAAGAGGCGUCUGCCGAUCACAGGCCCGUUGUGGUGGACAUACACCUGCAGCUUGUUCUUUAGGCUCAUCUUUGAGGGCGGUUUCAUGUAUGCACUGUACUUCGUUUACGACGGCUUCCAGAUGCCCCGGCUGGUGAAGUGCGAGCAGUGGCCUUGUCCCAACAAGGUGGACUGCUUCAUCUCCAGGCCAACGGAGAAGACCGUCUUCACCAUCUUCAUGGUAUCCUCAUCGAUCAUCUGCAUGGUGCUCAACGUGGCCGAGCUGUGCUACCUCGUCGUCAAGGCUCUCCUGAGGUGCUCGACCCGUAACCAGAGGAAACACCAAUACAGCAACAGGGACAGUGUGACUAGGGAUAAUUCCCUUAUGCAGAACAAGAAGAACGAGAUGCUGCUGUCUUCUUCUACAGAUUCAUCAAGCAACAAGACCAUGUGUUGAACGAUAGGCCUAUAGUGGUCCAGUAGCGCCAGAGAAGGAGGAAAGCGUAAACUGUAAAUCCAACCACACAUGGUCAUAGUUUGUGUGUAUACAGUUUGGCAAUUAGGCUCUUAACCCAAGCAUCCACCUGAAAUAGUCUCAAGGCAAGAUGAAAGAGAUUCUGAGACUAUGGGAACUUGGAAUUACCAUAAAAGUAAAUAGUUUGGCUUCUGUAGUUGGAACGAUCUGCCUUUCACAUCCAUUUCUAGGGAAAUCACUUUAUAAUAUGCAUAUUUGACUUAUGAGGAAGGUGGAAGGAAGGAAUGAAUGAAUGUUUUCUUACAUACGGCCUUAAAUUUGCCACUAAAGGCAAUAAAACAUUCUUUGGUUAUGCAAAAAAAAUCCAAAGUUAUGAAUCAUACAGCAAUAUAAUUAUAAAUCUAGUUGAAUUCACACCAGUGAGUGUGAAUUUGAGAGCCUUUGUAUUCCCUAAAAAUGCCUUCAGGUAGAACAGAACAUUUUUCAUACACGAUAGCAUCUUUAAACCACAAGUAUCACAAGUGCCACCUUACUUUUUUCAUACUGUGGAUGAUUGAUAGACAUUGAAGGAGCUUUUUUUUUUUCUUAAUUUAUUGAUUCUAGUUCGAAGUUGCUUGAAUGUGUAGUUCAUUGCACGAGUGCCUGGAGAAGAGUUAGUCUACACUGACAUCUAGUGGUUCACAGCGGAACCCCCUUUAGAGCACAAACUCCUUCCUAAAAGCUAGGAGGAUUUAUUUCAAGUCGAAGAGAAGGAAGAAGAACAAAUGAAGUCAUGAAAGUUGAAGGAUAAAAGAGGUCCGGCUGCCUUUGAGAUUAUGUUUUAGUGUUUAGUUUACAAUAGCUGGCAUUUUUUUAUUUUAAUAUGUGGUUGAAGCGGCUAUGAGUUGUUUUUUAUUUAACAUAUCUGUAUUGAAUUGUGUGACUGUAGCAAGUUAUUAAGUUCUAAAAAUCAUUACAACUUUCUAUAAAUAAUGCUAGAAUAAUGUUUUUUAUGUGUUUUAUCAGCCUAUUAUUGAGAAUUGGAUUGCACAGAACAAGAUUUUACUGAUAAUUAAUAUAUAACAAAAAAAAAACGUACCUAGCUACUACACUGCAGUAGUUUAUUAGUUGAGAUUCAAUUAAAUCAGAUUGUCUUUUGUCUUUUACAUGAACUGAUUUUGAAGUGUUCCAUUAAUCUAGACACAUCUAAAAACAGUGAGGUGUUACACAUAAUCUGCAAAUUAAGCUGUCACUGAAUAUGUUGUUGAACAUCUGUCAGGCUUGUAGUGUGUAACAGAUAUGAAUGAAAGGGUGUAGUGUGUUUUAACAAUGUGUUUUCUGGUAUGUCAUUUUGAAUUUUUGUAACAUUUGUGUUGUGCCUCUUGAUGCUUUUAGCUCACUCCCCCAGUAUCUACAAGCUGUCCUGUUUCAGUUCUGCCCCGCUCCUGUGUUAUUUUGACUUGUGUUGUUGUGGUGUGUGCUGACCCCAGCUGGCUGUAUCAGCUUUCAGCAUGUGCCUUAUUUUAGCCACCGCACUAAUCACAGCUCGCCCUCUUAAUGUGAGGGAACCACGGCCCCGAUCUCUUUGUUCUGCCUCCAUCCAGGAAUAGCUGAGCUGGAUUAGUCUCAUCUGUGUUCUCUUCCAAAAAAAAAAAAAGUCACCUUUUGUGAACAGAGAGCGGAGAUUCGGUCGGCUGGAACAUGUUAGAAAAAGACGGAUGUGAGACAAGUCGGAAAAAAAAUCAAUUAGAUGUAUAUCGGUUCCUACAUGUAUAAAGAGAAAAAUCUGGAUGAGUUGUAUGUUUUUCAUUAUGGAACUGAUGCCAAUGAUGAAGUUAUGUGACUGAAGUGUAACAUUGGCAUGUUUCAGGGGGUGAAAAAGGUUUCUGACCAAAGAGGAAGAAACAUGCAUUAUCACAGAGCACAAGCACUCUAAAGUUGUCUGUAUGAAGAUUUGAGCAAAAAUGUAGAUUUUCUUUGAAAUAUUUGUCUUGCAAUGCAAUUCUUCUCCUUUGGCCUUUGACCUCUUACUUUCUGUAACAGCAAAAUGACAUUUUGAUACUAAACUUGUGAUAGCGCCGUUUGUGUUAUAAUGAACAUUGUUUUUAAGGGACGAGCCUGAUCUUUCCAGUCCUGAGUUGUAACAUUUGAUGGUUAGCAGCCUGCUUCUAACAGCAGACAACAGAUGGACACACAGCUUCCUAAGCAAAAAAAAAAAAGUAAUUCUAUGUUUGUGAUGAUUGUGUUUUUGUAUUUGAGAUGUUUUUACUACAUUCACAC